UCGAAAGAGAAGCUAAACGUCAAAAAAUAACUUUUCAUCCACGAAAAUUCAUCACAGGUGUUGUUCGUUCGUGUUCUUCUAGCUGGAAGCCGACGAAAAGAAAAAUCAUUUGUGGUCGAGUCGUCGUCGUCUUCGUCGUCGAGUAGUGUGAAUAAUUAUUAUUGCUAUUCCGUUUGUGCCAUUCCAUAGGAUUACAACAUUUGCCUUUGACGGCGAAUGAAUUGACAAAAAAAAAGUUCCUUUGCUUUGGAGUUUUCAUUUUCGCUUGUUUGACGAACACCUCCAACGCACGAUCAAGUGUGACCGAAAACAAGUUGUUCUUAUCGUUCGAAGGUUCGACUUUAUAAUGGUCGUAUUGUGUUUCGAGUGAGCUGAAGGGGAACCUAUAGAACGGGAACUUCGUAGUUUGUCGUCGGUAUUUGAUCAAACAGGUCGAACCUUGAAGCAGCUGUUGAUUUGCGAAAUUCUGUGCACAAAGAGAUCCAUUGAAGGUUGCACCUUUCCUUCUGUGGAUGAGUUGAAUAUGUUUUGCAACGGCCUUAACCAUCGUCGAUCAAUCGAACACCGUGGCAAUUUGGCGAUCGGUUGUGCAAGAGUUUGAGGAAGAAGUUUCCUGAGGGGUGUAGUUCUGUUCGAAGGGUGUUCGCCAAGUGGAAGCGAUCAUGUUCGCUUCGUUGAAGAACAAGAUCAAGGAGGAGACCGGAAGCGAUGUAACGUCACUGCCUUCGAGGAGUUCGCAGCCAGACAUGGCGAUGGCGUCGGGUCAGCGGUUUCGCAGGAGUCGAGGAGAAUCGUUGACCAGCAUGGCAUCGAUGGAUGAGUUGAGUCUGCUGGAGCAAAAAGAUGCUGAGCUGAGCGCUACGCGAAUUCAGCUUCAGGAACUUGCUGGCCAGUGUAAUGAGUUUAGAGAUCAGAUUCGGGCGUAUGAGGAAGAUAAGGUUCGAAUGGAGGAAGCAAACAAGCUGCUGGAGGAUUCGCUAAAGGUGGCGCAGGUUCAGAAGGACUUGCUCUGCGAGGAGCAGGAUAAGAUACAGAACCUGCAGCAACAGGAGAUCUCGAAGCUGAAAAGUAUGCUGUUGUUCAGAGAGCAGGAAGCGGUCGAUCGGAUAUCGCAUCAAAAGGCGGCCGAACAACAAGUCGAAAGCUUGAAACAAGAGCUGGGGCGGGUCAGGGGGAUCGAACCUAUGAUUGAGGAUUUACAGGAUGAGCUGGAGAAUAUUCGGCACUCGACCAGCAUCGAAAACAACAACCUCCGAUCGACCCUGGCAGCAGUCGAAGAAGAGAACCGUCAUCUAAAGAGUCGCAUUCAGGUGUUGGAGGAAAGUCGUGCAUCCCUCACGUCUGGCAAUACAGAUGAGAGGAUUCGCUCUCUUCUACAAGAGCGAAAAUCUCUCGAGCAACGUUUAGAAGAAGCCCAUCUGCACCUGUCAGACAUCAAGAGCAGCUGGAGUGGCCAGAACCUUGCUCUAGAAACUCAAGUCAACAGACUUUCUCGGCAGGUCGCAGAAGAAACCCGUGAAAGACAUAACGCUCUCAAACUGAAAGACGAUCUCAUCGAAAAGGUGAAGCAAUUGGAGUUUGAGCUCGAAAAGACUCGAAAUGAAGUCACUCAGAGGGACAACAAGAUUACCCUAAUGAGUGAGGAAAUAGACGAGCUGAACUCCGCACUGAGGGAAGCUCGGGAGCAGCAUGAAGAGGAAGUGACGUUCAUGAACUGCAAGCUCGAACAACUUCAGGUGGAGUUGAACAACAUUAGAACCAACCUUACAGAAACCGAGCAAAGGCUACUGGAAUCGCUGGAGGGGUCCGAUCGAUCCAUGAAUUCGUACAAAUCGCAGAUUUUGCAACUAGAGGAUAGCGUGAGGGCGCUUGAUGGACAGUUGUCAAUGGAGAAGCAAGAAAAGCUCACGAUUCUUAUGAAGAACACGGAGAUUUCUCAAAAAGAGGAGAUCUUACGGAAGGAGCUUCGACAGGAGCAGGAAGAAGCACAGGAGCUGCACGACCGGGCAUCUUUCCUGCAACGGGAGUUGGAUAAAAAAUUGAACACCGUUAACGAGCUUCGAAAACAGAUCGACGAAUUGAUGAGCACAAAUCUCGAACAAAAUGCAAAACUUGCAGCACUGGAUAGCUUACACGCGGAACUGAUUGAUAAAAAUAAGAUCAUAAAAAUCCUAAAUCAACGGCUGGUGGACAUGAAGAAGACACUGCAAGAAGAGAUAAACAGCAACAAUAACAACAACUACAACAACAACAACAAUAAUAAUAGUGUCACAACGAUCUCUGGAACAUCGCACCCAAAGUAUUCCGAGCACAUCUACGAACGAGCCAACUCGAAGGAAAAACAGGAAACCGCUGUACUCAAACAGCAAAAUGGUGCCAUUAGUCACACUAGUAGUAAUAGUAGCCAUGUAAGCAGUAACCAUAGCAACAUUAACCCCCACGGCGACCACAACGGGGUUCCAAAAUCCAGCGGGACGAUCGUCAUGGACGAAGUGAAUUUUCGUUAUUUGAAACAUGUGAUAAUAAAGUUUCUCACUAGUCGAGAGGUCGAAGCGCGGCAGCUUGUCAAAGCCGUGGCCACAUUGCUCCAGCUGUCACACGAGGAGGAGAAACUGCUCCAGAAUACGCUCACGUGGAAGAUGAGCUGGUUCGGUAGCCGCCGUGGUCAGCAUUCGCAGAUCUCCCAAUCAACAACGGUACCACCAAGUUAAAAUAUGAAAUAUACCACAAACAACAGUGAUCAGAACAUUUCUACGUAGGAUUAGGUCCACCUUAAAACCCGUUGCGGUGUCUAUCCUUCCCGGCUCUCUCUUACAAACAAACAAAUAAAACUAUUGUUGCAGUUACAGCAUAUGGCAAUACAUACAGAGUAAGGAUUGCAAGAGAAAUAUAAACACAAAGAUAAAUCUUUCAAUUAUUUGAAGCAAAAAACAAACACUGAAACAUAAUCAAAUAUUUAGCUCCAGACCACAAUUAUAUCAUUAAACAAACAUAUUGUAAUCUCUCAAAGCUAAAAACAAGUACCUUUAAGUUUAUCUCUCGAAAGUAUUAUAGGCUACCCUAUUCAUAACUAUUAUAGCAGCUUUCACGAGCUUUAGCUUCCUGUGUACCUUCUUUGUUACAUUCCUAUUUUUGAAGUAUGUUGUUUUUAUAUUAUUUAGAUAACUGUUAUGUUUGUUGAUAAAUUUUGAUCUCUAUAAAUUGGUUUUAGACAGAUUUCAGUCACAACUUAGGCCAUUCAUUAUGUGAUGUAUUAGUUUGCUUUAGCUUAUGCUGCGUUCGGACUAAUACCAAUUCAGUUGUUAGAAGUUUGAACGUAGUAAAGACAUUUGUAUUACCAGGAGCGUCUGCAAUCCUACACAAGGACACAUACAUAUAAAGCGAAUAGUUAAUAAAUAUGAAUGAAAUGUUAAAUGGCGCGAAACGAAUGAGAAAGCAUUACCGGAUGUGUUAUACUUUGCAAUCGAGCGUAGAAACAAAUAAAUGCUAAAAAUGCAAAUAAUGGAAAAAUUAAA